UCUGAUACUGAGGGGGUUUCUGAGAUGUCGCAAUUAAAAUCACCGAGGUUUCGGUGCCACGACUGAAUCACUGGAAAAUCCCCCUGACGCUACAUCUAGAAUUCCCCCUUUUUAUUAAAAUAGUCACUUGCUUGUAUAGUUGGUGCUCGGGGUACGCCGCUUCUCAGUUGCAGCUUACCGGUGGUUCAGUGAAGUGUCUCCCGACGACAAUGCCUACUCGCUACGUUCUGAAGAUCCCCUGCCCUAUCUCAGGGUGCGCGGGACAGUCCAGGCUUUCCCAGUGGGUGUGCGCACGGGACAACGGUACUAUGUAUGUAGACGAGGACGGCUAUCUGUCCUGUUACUCAAACAACCACCGUGCCAAAAUCAUCUACUGGAGGUUCGAUUGUGGUGAGAGGGGUUCAGGGAGCAAACACAACUACGAGAGAUAUCAGUCAGCAGAUCUGGAAGGGUUCUCCCAUGCCAUGGCUAUCGGACUGCCUCAUUUGAAGGAAGCGGGAGCCGUCUGGGUCACCAAACUCAUACAGAGCGUCGAGAAUCAGUUUAUAAACGGAGAUCGCUAGACUUCUAACGACUGGGGAGGGACAUCCAAUCAGAUACACUACAAUUGAUAUAGAACUGUAGUCAGUUUUGUAGGGUUCCAUGUGAAAAGAUGUCGCUAUAUAGCCAAUACUUUUGUUCUGUACUAGUUCAGUUUAGCCUGUUUACUAAUUUUACCAUUACGUUCAAAUAUGUAAAAUAUAAUAUCAGCAUCCAUACGCAGAAUGAUGCAUUCCCACGACUACUAUAUUACUAUAAUGUACAAGAUAUUAUCAGUUCCUUAGAAUGGAUAGAUCCUAAGUUUUUUCCAUUGAGGUGUAUGGUUUCUUUUCGUCGCUCGCUUUGUACAAGACAUUGUGUAAUCAUGUACAGCAAACGUUAUGAUUCUAUAUGGCGAUCGCGAGUUGUACUCGUGUGGAAAUUUUAAGAUUGCACUGUUGUGUUCACAUGUUGGGUUCAACUGUAUAUUUAACCUUGCGCUAAUUAUAGGACUGCUAAGCGCAAAAAAUGUAUACGUAAACGAGCUCUCAUCCUUUUGUAUAAAGUUGAACUAACUACUUAAGAUUCAGAAAAGCGACGACUUCAUGUCGAUAAGAAUCUUAUACUUCUUGUCAUCAUUUAACGCUCUUGACAGAUAAGUUUAUUCUCUAGUAGUUGGUAAGACUUUUAUGUUAUUCUGUUAUCCUUGUAUCCUAUGUAUCAUGUUACUCAGUAUGAUGUACAUGUGACAUCACACUCUGAUGUAUGCAUUUAGCCCCAUGGGCAUGAACAUGCAAUUAAAGAUUUAUGAUCAUUAAACUGGCCAUGUUUU